AAAGAUUAAGCUGGAGAUUAGAGAACUCCAACUACGCAAGCGAUUGUUAGAGCUAACUCCAAACUCUUCAAACAAAGUGAGAAGACCUAGGGAGACUACCGAGUUGUCGGGGUCUCGAUCCAAGGAUAAAACUCCAGUAGUUACAGCAAGUCACCGAUACACCAAUGUGCCUUCGAGCGAUGAAAUGCAAUUCAAAGCACAGGUAGAUAGUGUCAAGGCGCUAUGUAUGUCAGUAAGCUUACCGAAGAUAGAAAUCAUGACAUUUGACGGGAGCCCUCUGAAAUUUUGGACGUUCAUGAAGGGAUUCAAGGUUAACAUAGCUGACAGAGUAAAUGAUGACACCCAGAAAUUAAUGUACUUGAUACACUAUUGCGAAGGUAUAGCAAAGGAUGCUAUAGAACACUGUGUUUUAUUACCAGAAAAAGAAGGUUAUACUGAGGCAAUUAAGCUUCUACAUGAACGGUUCGGCAGACCACACGACAUCGUAGAAGCCUUCUUAACAGAACUCUUAAGUGGAUCACCAUUGAAUCAAGACGACAUAACUGGCCUACAGAAACUGACAAGACUCAUGACUAAUUGUAAGAUAGCCUUGUCACAGAUGGGCAGGAAUGACGAUCUGAAUUGUUCGACCAACAUAAAACGAAUAGUGAAACAGCUACCACGUAGUAUGCAGUUUAAAUGGGCGGAGGCCGCGGACGAUAUUUUAAGAAAGGGGCUAGAGCCCAAUUUCGAUGAUUUAUUACAAUUCUUAGAAAAGAAAGUGUCAAUCGCAACAAACACAUACGGACAAUUGGCAGGCGGAAGCUAUAAGGCUCAAACGACAUCGAACAACCGGUCGUCUUCCAUAAGAGCGAAGAUCCAUACUUCGUCGAUUAAAGGAUCAGUCCAUUGUGUAAUUUGUCCGAUGCCCACGAAGUCGCAUCCUGCCCUCAGCUGUUGUCAGUGAGUCACAACGAAAAAGUAGAAUUGCUAAAGAAGUUUAAACUUUGCUUUAAUUGCUUAAAACCCAAUCAUCGAGCCACAGAAUGCAGACAGCCCGUGUUGUGUGAAAUUGAUGGAUGCAAGCGACGCCAUCAUAGAAUUCUUCACAACACAGAACCUGAUGUUAAACGAGCAUAUUGUAACUCUACUCAUACUACUAGGACGUAUUUAGGCUUUGUUCCAGUCAGACUACAUGGUCCCACAGGUUAUGUGGAUACCUAUGCACUGUUAGAUAAUGGCUCGGAUUCGACAUUACUGCUUAGUGACGUAGCAAAGCAGGUAGGAAUUUCUGGUGCAGGGACAAGAUUAAACAUAUCUUCAGUAAUUGGAGCGUCAUCUCAGAACGCUGAACUUACCAAUUUCGAAAUUGAGUCUUUAGAUAAGACCAACCGAAUAAAAAUCGAAGGUGCAUAUACUAUAGAUAACCUACCUAUUAAAAGAGCAGAAAUCCCACCAACGGACUUCCAAGAAAGAUGGAAACACUUGAAAGGUGUACAACUACCCUCCAUAGCCUGUGACAAGGUUGGUUUGUUACUUGGUGUUGACGUUCCUGAGGCCCACUGGGUACUCGAUCAGCGUAUCGGAAAACCUAAACAACCCUAUGCUUCACUAACCAUGUUAGGGUGGGCUUUAUUUGGACCAACGGGUCAACUUAAUAAAACUUCAGUCUUCAUGAACUGUUUAAAAGCGAAAAAUUCCCUUGAAAAGGAUAUUCUCAAAUUAUUUGAACAUGAAUUUUCUGAAAAUAAAUACUCUGAUAAGGUUACUAUGUCCCUAUGUGAUAAGACCAUUAUGGAGAUUACUGACAAGCAAACAGUAUUGCUCGAAGGACAUUAUCAAGUGCCGAUACCCUGGAAGGUGGAUUGGCACUCACUUCCAAGGAAUAAGCGCGAAAUAGAAAAACGACUAAUUUACCUACGGAAAAGGUUGCUAAAGGACGAACAGCUUCAGAAACAAUAUAAUAUUAUAUUAGCUACCCACGAAAGUAAAGGAUACUUGGCUCGAGUAACACAAGCUAUCGAAGAAGAAAGGUAUUUUAUUCCACAUCAUCCCGUAUUUAACCCUAAAAAACCAGGUAAAGUUCGGAUAGUCUUCGAUUGUGCUGCUAAGUUACAAAACAGAUCUCUAAAUGAUUGUAUAUAUUCUGGACCAGAUCUUACAAACGACCUAGUGGGAGUUUUGCUUAGAUUCAGAAAGCAUAAGAUUGGAUUGUCAGCAGACAUUGAAGAAAUGUUCCUCCAGGUACAUCUACCCGAAAAGGAUACAAAGGCCUUCAGCUUUUUAUGGUACCCCGAUGGCAAUCUUGAUUCUCCUCCUGACGUCUAUGAGUUGCAUGUACACCCUUUCGGGGCUACGUCCUCACCGUUUUGCGGUACAUAUGCUUUAAGACGCACAGCUACAGACCACCGAGAUUUGUUCGAUGAAAAAACACUGUCCACUUUACGAGAAAAUUUUUAUGUAGACGAUUGUUUAGUCUCAGUAGAAACAAUAUCAGAAGCUGCUGAGUUAGCAAAGAACCUAAUGAGACUAGUGGCACUUGGAGGCUUCCGUUUACAUAAAUGGGUUAGUAACGUAAAUGAAGCGCUGAAUGACGUCCCUAUAGGUGACAGAUCAAACAAUUUGGUUCGUAUACCAGGCUCAACAGAACGUAUACAGAGAACUUUAGGACUUUGUUGGCACACGCAAUCCGAUUGUUUCGCAUUCGACGUAAAUCUUCCGGAACGCCCGAUCACUAAGAGAGGCAUUCUAUCAUGUGCAUCAUCGUCGUAUGACCCGCUUGGAUUUCUGGCGCCUUUAUCACUUACUCCUAAACGAAUUCUGCAACAGCUAUGCCGUAAAAACUAUGGGUGGGAUGAGAUGAUAGAUGAGGAGUCACGAUUGAGUUGGGAAAGUUGGUUAGAAGCAGUGGCAGGUGUCAGAGAUCUAAGGAUACCACGAUGUCUCAAUAUUGGAUCGUACAAUAAAGGGCAAAUUUCUCUACAUCUGUUUUCGGAUGCUUCAGAAAGCGGUUAUGGAGCCGUAGCCUAUAUGAGUGUACAACAUGAUACAAGUAUAACGAGAUGUAGCUUCAUCCUGGGCAAAUCUAGAAUAGCACCCCUAAAAUUCGUUAGUGUUCCUCGCCUUGAACUACAAGCCGCAGUACUGUCAGUGAAGUUGAUGAGGCAAAUAGUAGAAGAAAUAAAGCUGAACGACCUGACUGAAAUCUACUUCUGGACUGAUUCUAUGAUAGUAUUAAAUUACAUACUUAAUACAACGUCACGUUUCAAGACAUAUGUAGCUAAUAGAAUUAACUUCAUCCACGAGCGAACUAAGCCAUCUCAAUGGAAAUAUGUACCAUCAUCUAUCAAUCCUGCUGAUCUAGCUUCUAGAGGAAUAUGUAAGUAUAACCCCAACUGUAUUGAAGCUUGGCUUUCAGGUCCCGAGUUCCUAACGACUGAGAAGGAUAAGUGGCCUGAGUAUAGACGAGAAGUAAUAUUAAAACUCCCAGUCGAGCUAGAGUUAAAGAACGCCACAACCUUAGACACCAUGACUACAGUUUUUCCCCUUGAUAAAUUUAUAUCCUAUUUUUCGUCAUGGAUUAAACUCAAACAAGGCAUAGCUUGGCUCAUCAGGUUCAAACGUUACCUCUACAAUAAAACGAUCGUAAGGGGACCCCUUACGCUUAACGAAUUAGAUAAUGCCGAAGGAGACUUAUUAAAAUACGUACAAGAGCAAGAAUUAGCGGAAGUUAGACAAUGGAUUAAACGACACAAGCAUUCUGAUAACAAUCUGUCCAAAAAUCAUGUUAUUAAUAAACUACGUCCAAUCGUGGUUGACAACCUGAUUCGCGUAGGAGGACGUUUGAACCGUAGUGACCUCCCGUUAGAGCAGAAACAUCCAAUUAUUUUAUCUAGCAAACACCCUAUAACGGAGCUUAUCAUUCGUUACUACCAUCAAGCUGAGGGACACAUGGGGGUGUACUACACACUAGCCGCCUUGCGCAAAAGGUUUUGGAUAUUAAAGGGUACUACCGCAGUUAAGAGGAUCAUACAUAAAUGUAUAGGCUGCCGCAUUAGAUCAGCCAGACCGAUGUCACAACUGAUGGGAGACUUACCACCUACGCGGAUAACACCCGAUUUCCCGUUCGCAACGACAGGAGUAGACUAUUUCGGUCCAAUCAUGAUUAAAGAGGGACGCAAAUCUCGAAAGUGUUACGGUUGCCUAUUUACAUGUUUCAACACCCGGGCAGUUCACAUAGAAGUUGCUUGCGCAUUGUCAAUCGAUUCUUUUCUAAUGGCGUUGUCUCGCUUCUCAAAUCGCAGGGGGGCGCCGAAGAAGAUAUAUAGUGAUAGAGGAACCACGUUCGUUGGAUUAGAGAAGGAGAUAAAACUUCUAUUACCAGACUUUAAAGAUAAUAGAGUAGCUAAGGAAAUGAUUCGUCGGAAUAUAGAGUGGUACUACAACAUCCCUUACGCAAGUCAUCGUGGAGGGAUAUGGGAAAGAUUAAUAAGGAGUAUACGUAGAAUUUUGAGUGCUGUAUCUGGCGAGCAAACUAUGUCCUACGAGACACUCACCACUUAUUUAACCGAAGUAGAAAGAAUACUUAACGAUAGACCUUUAGUUCCAGUUUACGACGACCCAGAACAACUCGAGACAUUGUCACCUAAUAAUCUACUUUUAUUAAGAAAACCUAACCUUCAUCAGAUUGAAAUAAGCCUACGUGAGCGUUACUCCCGACAAUGGCGACAAGCGCAAUUGUUGGCAACCACAUUUUGGCGUCGUUGGAUAAAGGAGUAUUUACCACUUUUACAGACACGAACAAAGUGGACACAAAAGAGACGAGAUCUACAAGUUGGCGAUCUAGUAUUGGUUAUUGGAGACUCAUAUGCACGAAGUAACUGGCCUAAAGGCCUAGUGGUAAGUAUCGACCCAGGAGAAGAUGGGCUAGUGAGACAAGCAAAGAUCGGAACGUCGAAGGGCAUAAUUAUUAGAGAUAUACGUAAAAUUUGUUUAUUAGAAGGGGUGGACGACUGAACAGUAGAGGAUAGAGAGACCUUUCAAUGUGACUGUGGCUAGAGUAAAUUGUACCAUUGUCACCUCUGAACGUUUUACGUUAAUACCUAAUCAGCGAAAGUAAGGAAAGACAUGCUGUCUUUGGGGGGCGGUGUUAAGUUUGUCUUACAUUGUUCCUACAUGUUCCUUUUCUACUCUUUGUAUGUUGUUUUAUACUACUUAUUUACGUUCAGUAGGCAGCUGUAUGCCAAACAAUUUUCACACUUAUGUUGUAUCUCAAGUUGUACUGUAACAUUCUGGAAUGUUCACCUAUAUCCUUAACGUUUAUUUUACUUAUAAUUGUAUUUAUCAUUAUAACCACUGUAAUUUAACUACUGUAACGAUUAUCCACAGUUUUGUACAUUUGUUUGAAUGCAACAGUUUCCAUAUUGUUUUGCUCUUGGUUCGAGUUUCGGUUGUUCAUAAACUGUUACCAAAUUUAGACACAGCUAUCGGCUGUCUUUGGACUAUCGUAUGUUGUAAUCAUUCUUUAUGUUACCCUUACAGGAAGCCUUUGCUAUUUUUAUUCUUGAACGACGCGUUUAAACGCCCAGACACCUCACAAGUUGAGGUUUGUAACUAAAUUUUGUGUAUUAUUUAAUAAAGAACCGCUUUUGUAGAC